CUUCUCCCUCUCUCGAUCUGCAACGGUCGGGACGCUGCCGGGUCUUACGGUCACCGUCGCAGACCAGGGCUGGUGCAGGCGGACAGAACGCCAGGUGACCUGUACUGAACAGUCUUAACAGAGAGAAGUGCAGUCCACAACGGUACAAGUAAUGAUGGACUUGACCGGAACACUAGCAUUUGUACUGUACACCGUAUUUAUGACGUCACAGACUGCAGGUUUGAAUGAAACCACAUUGUCGGCAAAACCGCUCCUGCCCCCGGAGUUUUCUUGCCCUCUUGGGGAAUUCCGGUGCGGAAACUCCUCCGUGUGUCUGGAGCAGAGCAAACAAUGUAACGAUAAGGAGGACUGUGAAAAUGGGGAGGACGAAAAACACUGUGGGGACGUAGGAGGUUGGGGACAUAAUUUCGACAAGACCGUACAAGUAUCUAAACAUGAACCGCCAAGACCCGACGUAUGCAUUCUACCCGACGUGCCGGCCCCGUGUAACUGUACUCACGAGACCAGGGUGUACUGUGACGGGAAGGGACUACACACUGUACCGACUGACAUCCCCAUCAACACAACUAAACUGUUCGUACAAGACAACAACAUAACUGUCGUGAUGAACGCAUCCUUCGUCAACAACACAAAGCUGGUAUCUCUGAUCCUCGAAAGAAACAACAUUCAGGUAAUACAGAGAAAUGCUUUCAAGGGACUCCGAAGCCUUACAAAGCUGUAUCUGAAUCACAACUACCUGGAGAUGUUGGAACCUUUCACCUUUAAAGAUCUGAGGAAUCUGACAUGGCUGUACUUGGACAACAACAGGAUAACAACAUUACGUCACCAGACUUUCAUCGGACUACAGAGUCUGUACUGGCUCGAUCUGAGACAGAACAGAAUUUCACAACUGAGAGGGGAAGUGGUUUGCGAGGAUAUGCCGUCACUGCAAUGGAUGGAGCUGGACCAAAACAAGAUCGAGCGACUCUAUCCGGAAAUGUUUGCCGGCUGUGCGAACCUCGAAAUACUCCGGUUGAGGAACAACUCCAUUACGAGCAUCACCAGACGUGUGCUGGAUACUUUAUCAGGCCUGGAAGACCUUGACUUAUCAUGGAACCAGAUCAGCGAGUUCCCAGAUGCUGCCUUUCAAAACAUGCAAGUGCUGUUGUCAUUGGACGUGUCGAUGAAUCCGAUAGAGAGGCUGCAGCUGGAUCUGUUUGAUGGACUAGUAAACCUGACGUCACUUGAUCUAAGGGGACUGACGAUCCACAACAUCUCCUAUCGCCUCUUCAGAAAGUUGAAGAAUCUUAACUUCAUCUACUUCAGCCAGUUCCGGUACUGCGGGUUCGCCCCUCACGUGCGCAUCUGCAAACCCAACACGGACGGCAUCUCGUCGUUUGAGAACCUGCUGGCUAACGUCAUCCUGCGCAUGGCAGUCUGGGUAGUCGCCAUCCUCAUCUGCCUCGGCAACACGAGCGUGAUGAUCGGACGGUCGGUCAUGAAACAGGAGAACAAAGUUCACUCUCUCUUCAUCAGGAAUCUGUGUGCGUCUGAUUUAAUAAUGGGGAUAUACCUUUUGAUCAUCGGGUCCAAAGACCACGUGUACCGCGACGUGUACAACCAGUACGCGCAGGAAUGGAAGCAGAGCUACAGCUGCCACAUCACGGGAUUCUUCGGCAUGCUGUCCGCCGAGGUGACGGUGCUGCUGCUGACCUACAUGUCCGUGGAGAGGUUCCUGUGCGUGGUGUUCCCCUACCGGGAGAGCCACCCCAACGUCCGGCAGGCGGGGACCGUCAUCGCCAUCAUCUGGGUCACCGGGCUGACACUCGCGGCAAUGCCCUUCACGUCGUCUACGUACUUCGGCAACUUCUACGGCAGCAACGGCGUAUGCUUCCCGCUGCACCUGCACGAGCCGUACGGCGCCGGCUGGGAGUACAGCGCCUUCGUCUUUCUCGGGAUCAACUUCACCUCCUUGACUAUAAUCUUGUGUGCGUACAUCGGGAUGUUCAUCUCCAUCCAUCGCACAAGGCGCUCGGUGAAGUCCCCGCUGUCUCUCCUCAGCGACAUGUCGUUUGCCAAGAGGUUCUUCUUCAUCGUGCUGACGGACUCCCUGGUCUGGAUUCCCAUCACUGUGCUGAAGUUCCUGGCUCUCACGAACGCACCUAUUUCAGGUUCCAUGUACGCCUGGAUCGUGAUCUUCAUCCUGCCGAUUAACAGCGCCAUCAACCCCAUCCUGUACUCCCUCACCACACGGACCUUCACCAACAUGCUCGGCAACCUGGUGGAGAAGAGCCCCUUCAGGCCUGUCAAAGCCAAGUGUGCUUCAGACGGUGGGCACAGAGAUGAAGUUUCGGCGAUAACGGGUACCACAGGGCUGCCUCUCAAGCACACCAGAUACCACAGAGGAAAAAGGAGCCAAUCCGAGACCGAAUCGUCCGUGUCGGUUGCCAACACGUCACCGCUUGCCACCGUGCACACCCCUGACGCUACCGUCCCAGCAACUGUAGACGGUGAAAUGACCGUUAGAUUUUCAAAAUUCAGCCUCGACAGCGUUCCCGAAAUGCCAUCCAAUGAGGAGGAAGACUGGGACUUCGGGUACGGAAUAUCGGACAUCUGCGGACAUCUGACGAUCAGCUGUGGUAAGCGCUUAGUGACCACCAUACACGAACACAGUGUGCUGGCUCCGGACAAGGUGUCCGUCAAGUCCGAGCAAAAGAGUGACGAAAUCUCCGAGGACUAUCAGGAAACAACUUGUACAGAUACACAUGCAGAAACAAUAGAACUAUAAGAAGUAUCAAAUACGUUUAGAUCAUCUCGUUUUACUUGAUUUCAAAGAAAUCUGUAACAUUUUGUCGUACAGUAUUUACCCGUAUUCAGUGUAUUGUGUACACAAGGACGUGUAUCAUUAUAUCGUUGGUGUACUGUUCUGAUAGAAUAUACAUGUAACCAGAGGCGUAUACAGCGAAAAUAACCAUGCAUGAUAACGGGCGGCAGUAACAAUACAUAUAUACAAAGAAUCUGCUGGUAUGUGGAUUUUGGUGUUCAACUUACCAAGGUCGAAGAGAUUGAUAUCAAUCGCA